ACCAAUUAACAAAACAAUUUGGGUUUCAUUUCAAAGUUGACAACAAAUGGCUUCAUCUUUGCAUCUCUACUAUCUUGAUACACAACAACAUCUACACAAAUGACUCACAAUACAUUUCAUUCUUCUUUGUUUCAUAUUCAUCCCAACAUUAGAUUUUUAACAAGCUUGUUAAUUGUCCUUUUGCUCAAGGAGUUUUUAUUGGUAUUCAAAGAUGUACUGAAAGCAAUGAAUCCCAGAUCUGUGUAGUUUUCCUUUUUUUAAAGGUAUGUAGAUGUGUCUGUCAACACCAUUUAAAUGGGGUUUUCUUUCUUAUUCCCAGGUGGCGUGUGGCCAGGAUCACAGUCUGUUCCUCACUGAGGCGGGGACAGUGUUUGCAUGCGGAUGGGGAGCAGACGGACAGACUGGUCUGGGCCACCACCAGGUGAGCUGCAGCCCGAUGGAGGUGGGGGGGGAUCUGGCGGGGGUGGAGGUGCAGCAGAUCAACUCGUAUGGAGACUGCAGUCUGGCUGUGUCUAAAGAUGGAGAUCUGUACGGAUGGGGAAACUCAGAGUACCUGCAGCUGGCCUCCGUCACCGAGGCAACACAG